CGCCCGCCCUCCGGCGCACCAGUCAGUCAGGCAGUCGGUCCGUCAGGCAGUCGGGCGGCAGCAGCGGGCGGCGGGCCGGAGGCAGCGGGAGGCAGCGCGCUCGGCGGGGCACGCACGCAGCUCCCGGCGGCUCGGUGGUCGGCGCCCCCUCCUCGUCGUCCUCGCCGUCCUCGCCCUCGCCCUUCUCUUCCUCCUCCCUCUCCCCUCGGCCCGGGCGGCGGCGGCGGCCAUCAUGGCGGCGGCGGCGGGAGGCGGCGGCGGCGCGGGGCCCGAGAUGGUCCGCGGGCAGGUGUUCGACGUGGGCCCGCGUUACACCAACCUCUCCUACAUCGGCGAGGGCGCCUACGGCAUGGUGUGCUCUGCAUACGACAACGUCAACAAGGUCCGAGUGGCCAUCAAGAAAAUAAGCCCCUUUGAGCACCAGACCUACUGCCAGCGGACACUGCGUGAGAUCAAGAUCCUUCUGCGCUUCCGCCAUGAGAACAUCAUUGGCAUCAAUGACAUCAUCCGGGCCCCGGCCAUCGAGCAGAUGAAGGAUGUAUACAUCGUCCAGGACCUCAUGGAGACAGACCUUUACAAGCUCCUAAAGACACAGCACCUCAGCAAUGACCACAUCUGCUACUUCCUUUACCAGAUCCUGCGGGGUUUGAAAUACAUCCACUCAGCCAACGUUCUGCACCGCGACCUCAAGCCUUCCAACCUGCUGCUCAACACCACCUGCGAUCUCAAGAUCUGUGACUUCGGCCUGGCUCGUGUUGCAGAUCCAGACCACGACCACACAGGCUUCCUGACAGAAUACGUGGCCACACGCUGGUACCGAGCACCUGAAAUCAUGCUGAAUUCCAAGGGUUACACCAAGUCCAUUGACAUCUGGUCCGUGGGCUGCAUCCUGGCAGAGAUGCUCUCCAACAGGCCCAUUUUCCCUGGAAAGCAUUACCUUGAUCAGCUGAACCACAUCCUUGGUAUUCUUGGAUCCCCGUCCCAAGAAGACUUGAACUGCAUAAUAAACCUAAAAGCCAGGAACUACUUGCUGUCUCUUCCUCACAAAAACAAGGUGCCAUGGAAUCGGCUCUUCCCCAACGCUGACCCCAAAGCUCUGGAUCUGUUGGAUAAGAUGUUGACAUUUAACCCCCACAAGAGGAUUGAGGUAGAGCAGGCACUGGCCCAUCCCUACCUGGAGCAGUAUUAUGACCCAAGUGAUGAGCCUGUAGCCGAAGCCCCGUUCAAGUUUGACAUGGAAUUGGAUGACCUGCCCAAGGAGAAGCUGAAAGAACUGAUUUUUGAAGAGACCGCUCGAUUCCAACCCGGAUACCGAUCUUAAACUCCUACAGGUGAAGAAACUUGAGGCCUGUAGAGUUCAGAUGACUUUUCCAAGGUCGCACAUGUAGUAAGCAGAGUCUGGGUUUGAACCUGGGUUUUCUGCCUCCAGAUUCAGCACUUUUCCUCUGGACCAUGCUGCCUCCCUUGUGUUUGUAUUAAAAGAUUGGUCUUCAGAUCCUCCUUGAAACCACAGCCUUGGUGUAUCACUAAUCUGGUGCUCUGGGCAGCCUGCUAAGAUGGCACCCAGACCUUUGGCCACGAGUUUGUAGUCACUCUUGGCAUUGGGCAUGCCAACAGAAAUCCCAUUAGAAACGUGCUAACCCACGACACCAGAUAUGCAAUGACAUAACCGAACUGCUUGAGCUUUGGCUCUGAGCCCUCAGAGCGAUUUAGGGGGAGGUUCCCCAAAAAGGCUUUUAGCAGCUGAGCAUGUGCACCUGGAAUCACAGACCUUUAAUGCUCGAAGGGGCCUUAGAGAUCACCUAGUUCAGCUCACCCAUUUUAUAGGAGAUGAAACUGAGACCCAGAUGAGUCUUGAGUGGCCAUCCUCAAUGAAAAAACACACUGCCCGCCAUUUGUUCCACAUCACAUUUAGACCAUUUCAGAGCAGCUAUUAAGUUUGAGCUCUUUUUCUUAUGUUGAUAUAAUUUUUAAAGAAAUUGGUAACUUUUGUAGUCUGUAGUAUGGUACUAGUAUGUCCAUGCCUGCAUCUGCAAACGCACGUGAUCUGGGCCCUUGCGAAGUACUUUUAUAUUUGUAAAUCAAUGUUUCCGAGUAAUCCCCACUUGGUGGGAAAUAUUUUUGUAAAUGCAGCCAUUAAAAAAAAAAACUAUUGAGCAGUCCUUCUGCUGAUACUUUUCAAUGCACUUGGGCUUCUAAACGGCUGUGCCGCUGUUGGAAAAGCAGUGCCGUCAAGAUGGCGGCCGAGAGAGAGUCCGGCCAGCCCAGAGCAGCACGUGAGAAAGCGUGGCCGUCCCAAGCCACUGGCCGUGACUCGCGCCUGCGUGGCCGUCCGUGGCCCGUGCUGUCUUCCCUUCCUGGGGCUGGUUCCGUGUAGGGCACUCGCCGAAUGCGUCCCAGAAAAAAACGGCUUCGUUUGUACCUGCUUUGUCUUGUCGGUGCCUUUUUAGUAUUGUACCCCUAACCUCUGCAUAAGUGACUUAAUUGAUGGUAAGUUUUAAAGAAACAUGGAAAAGGGAGAUUUUUAUUAAGAAUCUGAAUGUAUAUUCUUCAUUGUAUUGUUUUAACUGAACAUUCUCUCGUGGCAUUUGUGAGCUGGUCAAUCUGUAUAAAACGAUUGUAAGUAGCAAAGGUUUCUAUUCCCAGUGGACCCUUUGGAUGUUGUACCCGUACCUUUGGGAAAAACCAACCAACCAACAACCUGAUUCACUGAGUGUUUACUGCUUUUGACAUCCAAUCAUUAAAUUGUGGCCCUGUCUUACCCAGA